AUGGGAGGAAACUCUUCCGGAAGAGAAGAAGAUGAAGAAGAAGAUGAUGAUGAUGAUAAUGAUGAUGAUGAAACUGAUGAAGAAGAAAUAAAUAAUGAAGAAAAAGGAAAAAAGAAGGAAAAUUGUUCACACAAUGAAGAAGAAACUUCAGAAAAAAAUAUAGAGAAAUAUAGGAAAAUGGCAGAAGAAACAUAUAGAAAAAAAUUAGAAGAAAGAUAUAAAAAAAUGACUGAAGAAGAACCAAGACAUAUACCACAACCAUUACCAUAUCCUAAUAAUUGUCCUGAUAUUCCUCCCCAACUAACUGAAGAACAAUUUAUACAAUUAUUAAAGAUGUUACCACCCGAACAUUUACUACAGCUUCAACAACAAAUGCAACCACAACAACGACUACAAGCACAAGGACCUAUAAAUAGGAUGCAAGAAAUGCCUUCAACUUCAAAUGGAGAAGGAGGUGGUUUUCCUUUUGGAAGCCCUGAAGAAAUGUUACAAUUCAUGAAAUUUAUAAAUGAAAGACAAAACAUGAAUCAAAGGUGUGGUCAAGUUGAAGUGUAUGAUGAAGGGGAAGGACAAAAGAAAUCAAUUAUAAAAAAUAUGUUUAAAGAUAUAACUAAGAUGAGUCCAAUGAUUUGGCCUGCCGUACCUCCCCUUUUAAUGAUGUUCAUUGGAACACAAAAAACAUAUUUGAUACUAUAUACGUUAUCCUUGAUACAAGAUGCAUUUAAUUUUGUACAGAAAAUAAGAAAUUGA